UUCCGUCCCAGGCACUUCUGUUCCCGGCACCGAGACCUCAGGCACUGUUCCAGGUUCAUCCACUCCAGGUACUUCUGUUCCCGGGACCGAGACCUCAGGCACUGUUCCAGGUUCAUCCACUCCAGGCACUUCUGUUCCAGGUUCAUCUACUCCAGGCACUUCUGUUCCCGGCACUGAGACCUCAGGCACUGUUCCAG